AUGGCACCUGCUGCUAGUAAAGUUGCUGCACCUUCAAGUACUCUUGAUAACAUUAAAAAGUCUUUGGAAGACAAAGACUGGAAGUUUUAUUGCGCUGUCGCUGCUGGUUUGACCCUUGCAGGUGCUGGUGCUUAUUAUAUUACUUCUGGAAGCAAGAAGGGCAAGAAGAAGCCUGAAGCUAAAAAGGAAGCCGAAGCCAAGAGAAGUGUCGAAAGUACUACUACUAAGACAACAACUACUUCUUCAGAAAACUCAACUGUAACCCCUGUUGAAAAGACUACUACGACUACCACGACCACUACGACUACGACGCUUGAUUAUGCUACCUUGUCUGACGAAGAAAUUGCUGCCUUGACAGCCGAACAACGUAUUGAAGCUGCUCAGUCCCUCAAGACCAAAGGCAACGCCAAAUUUAGUAGCAAGGCUUAUGAAGAAGCUGCUGAAUUAUAUACAUUGGCUCUUAAAUACAAGGCUGACCCCAUCUUUUACUCUAACCGUGCUGCUUGUUAUGCUAAUUUGAAUUUAAACGAUCGAGUUAUUGAAGACUGUAAUCAAGCUCUUUCUUUAGAUCCUGUCUAUGUCAAGGCUUUGAAUAGACGUGCUCAUGCUUUAGAAAAGAAGGGUGAUUUAGAAAAUGCUCUUUAUGACUUUACUUGUGUUUGUAUUCUUGAUGCUUUCAAGAACGAUGCUGCUAGCAAGGCUAUGGAGCGCGUUUUGAAGCAAGUAUCUGAAAACAGAGCCAAGGAAAUCAUGAAGACAAAGAAGCCUCGUUUGCCUUCUCCUACUUUUGUCAGUGCUUAUCUCGAUUCUUUCCGUCCUGUUGUUCAAGAUUUAGCUAGUAUUCCUGACGAUGAAUCUGGUGAUGCUUACUAUGCAAAGGCUUACCGUGCCAUUGCUGAAAAAGAUUACAAUGGUGCUUUAGAAGCUUGUGAAAAGGCCGUUGAAUUGGGCUGUUCUCGUACUUACCAAGCUUAUGCUUUGAACUUGAUGGGUACUUUUGCUUUCUUGAAGGGUAACACUGCUGAAGCUUUGACUUGGUUCAACAAGGCUAUUGAAGCCGAUCCCAAGUAUGUUCAGAGUUACAUCAAGCGUUCUAGCAUUUACAUGGAACAAGGUGAUGUUGAAGCUACUUACAAGCAAUUCGAGGAAGCUGUCACCAUUAAUCCCAGUGACCCCGAUAUUUAUUACCACAGAGGUCAAGUCAACUACAUCAGUGGUAAUUACGAUGCCGCUGCUAAGGAUUAUAGCGAAAGCAUCAAAUUGGACGAUUCAUUUGUUUAUGCUCACAUCCAAUUGGGUGUUGUUCAAUACAAGCUUGGUUCUAUCUCCUCUUCUAUGUCUACUUUCAACAACACUUUGAAGAAAUUUGCCAACAGUACUGAUGUUCACAACUAUUAUGGUGAACUGUUGGUUGAUCAACAAAAGUUACCUGAAGCCAUUGAUAUGUUUGGUAAGGCCAUGACAUUGGAUCCCAAGAACCCCUUACCUUAUAUCAACAAGGCCAUGUUGAUGUACCAAGUUAUGGGCAACAUUGAAGAAGCCACCAAGUUGUGCCAAAGUGCUUUGGAAGUCGAUCCUGCUUGUGAUGCUGCUGUUGCUUCUCUUGCUCAGAUUUUAUUGGAACAAGGCAAGCCUGAAGAAGCUCUCAAGUAUUAUGAAAUGGCCAUUGAUUUGGCUAGAACAGAGGCUGAAUUGGAACAUGCUAUUUCUUAUGUUGAAGCUACCAAGACUCAAACUCGUUUUGCCAAAGAUUUUCCUGAUGCUGCUGCCAAAUUGAAGGCAUUAAGAGGUUAA